UCUCCACUCUCACGCACGACACCGUUUAUAUUAUUUUGGAGGUUAGAGUCCCAACAAAGAGCACACGAGUGCACUUUCUUUUUGGUGGCCUCCCUUUCUCUUUUGAAUUUUGAUCCUUGGGUGGUGAGGUUGCACCGAAGGAAGGAGGAGAGAAAGAGGUCCUCUUAGAGCUUCUCAGGAAGACACCCCCCCACAGAGAGCUCUAUAAGUUCCUAGCUCCAUUUCAUAGUUUCUCUCCAAGAGCAAACCAUGUUAAGGUUCUCUCCAUUUCUCUUCUCCCGUCUUAUGUUCCCACUCGCUCUCCUUUCGUAAGACGACAGUGUUCUUGCUUUGCUCGGUCUUUGAUCACGUCAACAGCCUUGUUUAUCUCUGGUUUGCCUGCCCAUUUCAGGGAAAAGCUGUGAGUGGUCUUUUCCCAAGACCUUUUUGUGAUUGCCCAGAAGCAGAACACUAGCCUGUCUUGCUCUUUAUUAGUCUUUUCCCAGACCUAAAUCCAGUAAUCCACAAAGCUUAUAUUGAGCCACUCUGCCUUAUAGUUUAUAGGCACCUCGAUUCUUCUACUCUACUAGUUCUCUUCGUUAUUUUUAUCUAAAAAAAAGGAACCAUGGGAGGACCUUUAGAAUACUUCGUAGGCUUGUUGGGCGGUAGCCACAAGCGCAAGAAGAGGAAGCAGCUCCAGACCGUGGAGCUCAAGGUCAGGAUGGAUUGCGAGGGCUGUGAGCUUAAAGUUAAAAAAGCACUCUCCUCAAUGAAAGGAGUUCAGUCCGUGGACAUCAACAGGAAGCAGCAGAAGGUGACUGUGACCGGCUACGUUGAGCAGCACAAAGUCCUGAAGAAGGCCAAGUCCACAGGCAAAAAGGCAGAGAUAUGGCCUUAUGUUCCUUACAACCUGGUCUUGCACCCAUAUGCUGCUCAGGCCUACGACAAGAAGGCACCUCCUGGCUACGUGAGGAAUGUGGAGGCCAUCACCAUCUCCAGCCAACCAUAUAGGCAGGAGGACCAGCUCACCAACUUGUUCAGUGACGACAACCCAAAUGCCUGCUCAGUUAUGUGAAGGAGUUCUCCUUUCCUAUCAUUCCAGAGGCCCCAGCUGCCCAGUUUCAGUUUCCCCUACUAUUAUCAAGUGAAGAAGAAGAAAAAUAGUUAUAUUAAUUUGCGUCUAUAUAUGUAUCAAAGUUUAACAGGUUAGGAUUAGAAGAGGUGCAGCUUUGCAGUAAACAAGUGUUGGUGUCUUAUCCUUUUUUUUUUUCGGGUGUCAUGGAUGAUGGAAAGGUUGGUGUCUCAUCCUUUUUCUCUGGUGUCAUGUAUGAUGGGAAGCAGUCUGAACUAGUGAGACUAAGCCAUAGUCUCGCUCUUGGGACCAGUUGGAAAUGAGGUGUGGGUUGUUAUGGAACAACAACAGGUUAUCUACUCUGUUGUCCUUUUGUAUAUAAGGUUUCAGUUUCCUUUUUUCCUGAUUUACUUCUUAUUGGGUGACAUCUGUGCAUUGACUCCUGUUCACAAGUCUGGAUGCAUAUCUGAAGGGUCACAAGAAAUAAUCAAAAACAAAAGAAAGGUGCUGUCUGUCAGAGAAACAUAGAAAACAGAAAGGGAUGCAGGUGUGCCCAUGGGAAAGGUGGAGACCAGAGCCUAAAUUUAAAAAGGAUCACUUUUGAUUAAAUUGAAUUUAAUACAGGAUAUUUUGCAAAGGACUCUUCUAAGCCUUCACCCUUUGAUGAUCAUUAGAUUUACAGGUGUGGCCACUAUGUAACAUAUUUUUACAAAACAACCCUGUAGCUGCACCUUAAUCCAAAAACUUUAAUAUUGUUUGGACAUUCCACUGGAAGUCUUGUUUUGUAUGUUUCUACCGCUAAUUGUGGCUCUUAAUGAACUAUGGAAUCCAAGGGAUAUCGAACACAUUGGGAUUCUAGAUUCAAACAACAUGUGCAUCCGAAUGCUAGAUUUUGACUGAAGAAGCAUCUGAUGCAGCAAUUGCAUAUAAAACUCUUCAUUAAUUAUCCCGUGCCAGUUCAAGAAGUAGUUCAACACCUUAAGAGUUACAAACAGGAAACAAGGAGUUGGUUUUACCUCUUAAAGCUCCAAUCUUGAAAUCACUCCAAGGAACCUGUGCAGAUCAUUAUAAGAGACCUUGUUUCUGCUAGGAGUAGGGUGCAGAAAUAUCUAAUAAAAAAUUUCCAUAAGUUUACUGCCCAAAGCUUCCCACUUUCAAUAAUAAUAAAGAAAGGAAAAGGUUAGGAAGCUUCUGUUUCAAUUUGCAAUCAGUUUUGUAAGAACUGAAAUGAGUUUUGAGGACACCUCAUGAGGGUAAAUUUUUCACUUAUAACAUGGUUUUACCUCUUUCUCUCUCUCUGGCGCACGCGCGUGCACGCACCCACGCGCACACAAAAGAUUUGGUUUGCCUGCUCAGCCAUCUCUUAACAUCCGUUAUGGGAAACAGAAAAUUUUCCAGACAUCAAAUUCGUUAGGGGUGUUUGCAUAAGUAUCAAUUACGAUGCGCUUAGAUAUAAUAGGAAGAUCUUUUCUAGGGGUCCAAGUGCAAAGUGGUCCUUUUCACUGCAUUUCUUUAUUUUAGGUCAUAAUAUCAUGACCACUACCAGGUUAGAAAGAGCUAGCAUGAACUACUCAAACCCAACCAGCUAAAAUGAUCAUUAGGUUCCAGCAUGAAGCCUCCUCUUUUCCACCCACAAGUUCCAUAGAAAAACGUGGAUACGACAUAAAAAAAUAAAGGAGUCCAAUAGUUCUAUACAAACAUACAAGAUGGAUCUCAGGAUUCAGAUGAUAGAAAAGGGGAGAAGAGUGCUGAUUCUUGUGCCUGUACAAGGCAGCAAGAAUUUAAUUCUGUCAUGAAAAUUUUGUGCU